AAGGCUGUCAUCUUUGACCUUGGCGGAGUCUUGUUGCAAUCUCCUUUCCAUGAGAUUGAAGCUUUUGAAAGGGAUGCUGGGGUACCCGUCGGGAGCAUCUUUGGUAACGCCGCUAAGCUAGGAGAGUCGGGAGCAUAUUUCCGCCUCGAGCGCGGGGAAGUCACCUUGGAGCAAUUCUUGCCUUUGUUCCAGCAAGAACUUGAGUCAGGCGGUAUUCAUUUGCAGCGUGACGUGAGCGAGUUGUUCGUUCGCAUAGAAAGAGCUCUUUUUCCUGUUCGACAAGAUAUGAUUCAGGUGAUCAGAUCCUUGAAAGCAGAGGGAAUCAAAACGGCUGCUUUGACAAACAAUUGGAAGAGAGAUAACGGAGAUACUUUUACUCACGCUCUUGGAGAUCUUCAGAACCUCUUCGACGUAAUUGUAGAGUCAGCUCUUGUUGGAAUCCGUAAACCUGAUGCAAUGAUCUUUCAACUUGCACUUGAGAGGCUGAAGCUGAAGGACAGCGGAGAAGUCGUCUUCUUGGAUGAUAUGGGGCCAAAUUUGAAGGGAGCAUCUACUGUUGGAAUGAAAACGAUCAAGGUCGAAGUCGAGUACAUGCAAGCUAUCCGAGAGCUCGAGAUUUUG